AGAGGGUGUGGCUGUCUUGCUUGCAAAUGUUAUCAAGGAUCUCUCCUUUUUUUCUUCUCAGCUGUAGGACAAUGAGCACUGUAGGGACUAGGAAACUUGAAGGGAAAGUUGCUGUCAUAACUGCAUCGACUGAUGGUAUUGGUUAUGCAAUUGCUGAUCGAUUAGCUAAAGAUGGUGCUAAGAUAAUGAUCAGCAGUCGUAAACAGGUCAACGUUGAUAGAGCAGUUGACACACUCCGUACUGAGCAUGGGAAUGAGGCUGUGGCUGGGAUCGUGUGUCACGUGGGAAAAGAUGAAGACAGAAAGAACUUAAUAAGUGAAGCAAUAUCAAGGUUUGGUCAGCUUCACAUUUUAGUAUCAAAUGCUGCAGUCAAUCCAACAUUUGGACCUACACUAGAGACACCAGAAGCUGCAUGGGAUAAAAUUUUUGAAGUGAAUGUUAAAUCUGCAGCAAUGAUUGCUAAAGAGGCUUAUCCACACUUGAAAAAAACAAGUGGAAAUAUUGUAUUUGUCUCUUCUAUUGGUGGAUAUGAACCAUUUAAUUUUCUAGGUCCCUAUUCUGUGAGCAAGACUGCUCUUUUUGGUCUUACAAAGGUUUUAGCUGAUGAACUAGCACCUGACAAUAUUCGUGUUAACUGUUUGGCUCCUGGUGUCAUAAAAACAAGAUUUAGUGAAACUCUUUGGAAAAACGACAUGAUUGCAAAUGAGGCUUUGAAGAAAAUUUCUCUAAACAGAUUUGGUGAGCCAGCAGAUUGUGCUGGUGCUGUCUCAUUCAUGGUCUCUGAUGAUGCAUGUUACAUGACUGGAGAGACAGUGGUGAUUGGAGGAGGAAUGAAAAGCAGGUUAUAAAUUAAUAAACUAGACUAGACAAAAAUUUUUUUUUCAAAUCAUUUGUGUCACAUAUUGUUUCACCAAAGAUUGGCACUAUUUGUUUGUUUUACUUAAA